AUUAUAGCGUGGAUAUGUCACUUGAAGUAAAAUUCUCCCUUUUUCUUUGCACCAUAUCACAUUCACAGAUUCCAAUUUGGGAUGAAAAUGAAAAAGCUUUCUUUGUUUUCUCUUUUUUAUUUUUUCAGAAAAAAUCAGAGAAAGAUCACUGAGUAUAUAAAAGAGUGGAUAGAAAAAGGUAUUUUGAUAAACAAUUAUUUUUAUAAAAAUUAUAAAAAUAUAUAAUAUCUUUAAUCUAUCAAACCAAACGUUCUAUAUUUAUAUAACUAAUACCAACAUUAUUAAUAUUUAUAUUAAUAAUACAAAUAUUAUUAAUACACUUUUUAGGCAUUAGUUUUAUAUAAUCUACAAACAUCCCUAAAGACCUUGUGAGUAAUUGGAAAGCAUAACAAGUGAGACGAGUGAUUAUCGCGUUGAAUGCACGACUCCAUUGAAUAGUGCGGGACAUGAGGAAGCCCCCAUUUUUGCUCCUUUUUGUUGGGGGGGGGGGGGGGUGACAAAUAAGUGUACUUGAUCAACCACUUUUAGGAAAAAAUAACUUGUUCUUAUUACUAUGUUCAGGGAGAGAGUCAGGCGAGUUAUACAGCCCCCAGCUCAGGAGAAUAUCGAUAAGUUGGAGAAGGUUGUCAAAGAGGGAAAUUACUAUGGAGCUCAACAGAUGUAUAAGUCCACUAGUGCCAGAUAUGCGUCUGCCGAGAGGUACUCUGACGCCUUGAAUGUUCUUCAGUCUGGUGCUUGUUUGCAAUUAGACAAGGCCCAGAUCACCUGUGGGGCUGAGCUUUCUUUGCUCUUUGCUGAAACACUUGCGAAGUCAAAAGUUCCAUAUGACGAAGGCACUCUUGAUCAUGUCAAGAAAAUCUACAAGAAGUUUCCUCGGCUUUCUGUGCCACAACAUUUGGAGCUUGCAGAUGAUGAUGAAUUGCAAAAACUAUCUGAAGCCAUUGCGGCAGCCAAAACACGAGUAGAAGGCUGUUCGUCCUUUCUGAAAGCCGCUAUCAAGUGGUCAGCAGAAUUUGGUGCACAUAGGUAUGGAUCUCCGGAGCUGCAUGACAUGCUGGCGGAUUAUAUGUAUUCAGAGUCUCCUGAAGUGGACAUUGUUAAAGUAUCUUUUCAUUUUGUGAGAGGAAGGAACCCAAAGAAAUUUGCUUCAGCUCUUGUAAAUUUCAUGGGCAAGUGCUAUCCAGGAGAAGAUGAUUUGGCUAUUGUGCGGGCUAUUCUGAUGUACUUGUCUUUGGGAAAUCUAAGAGAUGCUAACAAGCUCAUGGAUGAGGUGAAAAUGGAAGUUGAAUUGAAAAAUCUUAACUUCCCUAGCUCAGAAUUAACACAGUUUGUGAACUAUCUCCUCCUGACGUUGCAGAGGGAUGCUUUACCUCUGUUUAACAUACUGAGACAAGCCUACAAGUCUAGUAUAGAUAGAGAAUCUACGUUUAAUGAAUUGCUAGAUGAAAUUGCAGAGAAGUUCUAUGGCGUUCGACGUAGAAAUCGUCUUGAGGGGAUUGGAGAUUUCUUCAAGAUGAUGGGAGGCGAAUAAUGUGAAGUGAUGAACUCCGUUUAAAGUUGUGCAUUCUCCCGUACGUUUAUAAGGGUAGACAUUAACCUCAAUUAUGGAUAUUCUUGUGCUUUUAUUAGCAAAACAUCAAUGGAGCAAUUUUUUUUUUUCAAAUCUAAAUUUUGUUACCCAUGCGUUAUUGUGUUGUGAUUAAAAUAUCAUGGAUUCAUUAUUGUACUGUGAUUAAAAUAUCACAUAAUUCUUGUAGAUGAUUUAUUUUAAUCUUAUAUAUCAGCUUUUCAAAUGUUGAUAUUGGCA